AAGCUGUCACACUGAGAAGCUCGCCGCUCCGCUCACACACACACUCACACACACUCUGAACGGAGCUGGACGGCUCCGGGCUGAGAGUGGAGAAUCUAAAGAGAAACCUCGAAACAGGAAGUGACAGAAGGCUGGAGUGAGGAGUGACCUCUGGACGGAUCUCUGGCCAGACCCCCGUGAAGGAGACAGCCGGGGACGUCCCAGCAUGCUGUACCUGAAGAAGUACCUCACGGAGGGGCUGGUCCAGGUGGCCAUCCUGCUGAGUCUCUGGGGGGUCCAGGUCCAGGUGGGCCUGGACCCGGACCGGCCCCCCUCUCUACAUGAGCUGCUGCUGGGCCAGACCUCGGCGCUGACUCCCGCUCGGCACCGCCACCUCUGGGACCUCCACCCGAAGAGCGUGGACCUGGAUGGCUUCUUCACGGCCCGGAGGCUGCUGGGCUGGGUCCGCUCGCUGGACCGGCUGCAGGUCCCUCACGCCGAGGUGGAGGCGUGGCUGGUCCAGCGGGAACCCGGGCCCCUCCCAGACCAGCCGUCCCCCCUGGACAGACCUGCUGAUGGGAUCCACAGGAACGUCCAGGCCCGAGCCGCCCAGGAGGAAGACGAGGAGGAGGAGGAGGAGGAGGAGGAGGAGCAGGGGCUCCAUCGCCAUGGCUCUGUUGUGGAGCGAGGAGACGGAGGGCUGAACAGAGGAACCAGGACAGAAUGUGGACCAGAAGGCCCCUGUGGGCUAACGGAGACCGACGCGGACCAGGCGGCGGUGUCUCUGCAGGAGUGCUUGCGGUUGCUGGAGGACACAUGUCCCUUCCCAGAGGACCCGGAGUUAGGUGAAGCUGGUGACAGGAGGGAGGAUGUGCAGCGUCGGCCUGCAGACCGGUACGCCCCCCUGCGCCCCCCCAGGCCCUCUGAGACCUCCUCCAUGGACCUGGAGCUGCACUGGCAGGACCUGCUGUCCAUCCUGGAGCCGGAGAAUGCGGAUGCAGCGGUGGAAUCGCUUCACCAGCGCUUCGACUGGAGAUCAUCAGGGAGCGGUGGAGGCGUCGGACCGGAGCUCCUGACGGCGGAGGACAGCAGCGUCUCCAUGCAGCGCCUCGCUGCUCAGCACGGUUUUGUGGGUCCUCCAGCAGCGGCCCUGCUUGGCCUCACUCCCAGUGCAGAGCUGGAGGACCACAGUCCUCUGGACACAAAGACCUCUUUGGAUCUCCUCGGCAGCCCCCCAGACCACACAGACCUGCUGGAAGAGGAUCUUCCUCCAGACGACGGCCCGUUUCAGAUGUGUCUGCUAGCGGCAGAAACGCCGCCAUGUCUUCCUGACGUCAGUCCUUCCUCUGCUCACGGACAGAACCAGGACCAGGACCGUCCUGCCUCUCCUCCCAGUGUUGUCCUGGCCGAAGCGGAUGCUGGAGAGGAUCUUCCUCUCAUGGACCUCCUGGAGGACGGGUCUGUGCUGGACCAGAUGAGCCUGCUGGAUGCUGCUCUGGAGGGAGGAUUCAGUCUGGAGAUGGAGGCCAGCCUUGAAGAGGAGCGGUACCUGGAACACCGAACGACCCGGGAGGACCGCAGAGGCCAGGAUCAGGCAGAGAGACGUCAUGAAGAUGCGGAGAAGGAGGCAGAUUCAGACUCGGGUCUGUCGCUGGACUUCAGCCACAGUCCUGCUUCUCCAUGUGUUUCUGAGGCCUCCACCUCCUCCUCCUCCUCCUCCUCCUCCUCCUCCUCUUCCACCUGUAUGUCAGCUGGAGGAAGUCCCUUCACAGAAGAGGAAGAGGAGGAAGCCGUGGAGAGCGUGGCGGGCUCGGACAUGGAGCUAGAGAUGAGGAUGAAGCAGGAGGAGCUGGAGGAGGAGAUGGGGGCGGUGGGCGGAGGAUCUGCUGAGCAGCUCUUCACCUUCAAGCCUGGAAAUCACAAACUGCUUCAGCACCUCCCCUGGACGGAGCACGUCGGUCACGACCACACGUACCCCCAGCCCUGGUCUCCUGUGGCCAAGACGACCAGCAGCCACGGCAGAGCGGCGGCCGCCCGGGACGGCGCCUCGCCGUACCGCCGCUCCGUCUCUGAGUCCAAGAUGUGGAGCAGAGACGAGCGGCGUGCCCGAGCCCUCGGCAUCCCGUUCUCCAAUGAGCUGAUCGUCAACCUCCCGGUGGAAGAGUUCAACGACCUGCUCACCAAGUACCGCCUGGACGAAGACCAGCUCAACCUCAUCAAAGACAUCCGCCGGCGGGGGAAGAACAAGAUCGCCGCCCAGAACUGCCGGAAGAGGAAGCUGGACGUGCUGCUGGGGCUGGAGGACGACGUGUCCGGGCUGAGACGCUACCGCUCACGACUGCUGCGAGAAAAAGAAGCAGCCCUGAGGAACCUGCAGGAAAUGAAGCUCCGACUGGGAACGCUGCAUCAGGAAGUGUUCUCCAGACUGAGGGACGAGACGGGGCGGCCGCUGGACGCCGCAGAGUACCUGCUUCACUUUGGACCCGACGGCGCCGUCGCUGUGGCUUCACGUCAAAACCAGGCAGAGCGUCCACCAACCGGGAGGAAAGACGGCAAAAAGCCCCGGGACAAGAGGAAGUGAGCCAUGGACCAGAGACACUGAAGACCUGCUUCGUCCAGAGUGUAGGGAGGGCCGAGAGUUGCUUUACAAACGGUGUGAUGCUCACAGAAAGGGAGGGAACGACGACGUGGUGGUUUUCUCAAGAGGACUCCAAAACCAUGAAACCCUCAAAGAAAAGGCAGAAAGACGAAGGUCUGCAGGAAGGACGAGAGAUCAGAGAAAACCAGGACUGAGAACAGAAAACUUCCUCCAGGAGGCUCUGCUUCUCACCGAAACCAAGACUCUCAGCAGGACAGCGUCAGGUCUGGCAUCUGGGCUAUACUGCUGGGACCGGCGGCUCCGAGGCCUGGGCCUGGUGAUCCGGGACCGGGAGCCCGGGCCUGGUGGGCUCACUGUAUCUGUUUCAGGAUCUCCAACAAAGAAAGACUUUGAAGAAGCUUGAGUGGAGUUAAGGUCCUGGAUCCUGGAGGUCAGGGAUCCCAGACCGACUCUGGACGGGUUCACAACAGAAGAGAAGCUCAGGAGGGGGGCUGCAGUGAGGAAGACCCCCACAGGGUGGGGACACGAUGCUGAGCUGGUCUGUGAGUGAACUCGUUCCGGUUUGGUUUAGAGAGGAACGUUUCCAGGACGAGCUCAGACCUCUUCAGACCGGAGUCCAGGCUGCUUUCAACUGACCGGAUUCAGCUCCGUCUGCAGCAGAGGACGUCGACCUGCUGCACCACUACGAACCCACCACACCAGAUUCACCGGAGAACACCGUGCUGUCUGCUGUUCAACCGUCUUAGAAAAGCUGCAUGGAUGAGUUUUAAAAACAGCGCUUUGUACGAGACGGUGUGUUCUCAGGAAUAACUGGCUGCUCCACACACUCUGGUGGUAUGUGGCCUGGAGUCAUGGGGAAGGGGUGUGUGUGUCUGCAUCAGCUGCAGUUUUCAACAAGCUGGGACCUGAAACUUUUUGAAAUAAAAUACUUUGUAAAACAAGCGUCUUUAAAAUGUUUUCAGCCUGAACAUUCAGCAGGAGCUCAGCUGAUGGAGCUCAGUG